CCCCGCCUAUAAAUACAGCUGCUGGUGCGCCGGCCAGCCUUGGUCGCCAGAAUCGCUCAGGGUUGCAGCACAGCCACCCCCAUCCAUCCCUUCCUCCUCCGUCUUCUCCCCCAUCCAUCUUCAUUUUUUGAGCAGGGACGCCAUCCUCACAUUCACUGUGUACAAAACCUGCUUGGUUUUUUUGCAUGCAUUGUUCGUCUCCCAAAAUGGUUUGCGAGACUAAAAUAGUAGCGGAUGAACACGAUGCUAUACCUGGGAGCAAAAAGGAGGCGCCCAUGAUGUGGAGCGCCCCCGCGUCCGGCCCGAGUGAGGCCAAAGACGCGCGGCGGGACGCGGUCUUCAUCCGCGAGUUCGAGCGCGGCGACCAGGAGGAGGUGCGGCGCAUCUUCUACGAGGGCAUCAUGGAGAGGAUACCGAACACUGCGUUUAGGGGGCUCCGGCAGCAAAGCCGAACACAGUUUUUGUACGCUCUUCUCACAGUAAUGUGCUUUUCUAUGACCAAAUCCUUCACACUGACCUGCUGCGCCCCGCUCGUCCUCAUGGGCGCUCGCUACUACUACAGCUGGAAAGUCAUCCACAGCUAUCUGGAUCACGCCCUGCACACCGACAUGGCUGACAUUGAGGCCUAUUACAUGAAACCUACAGGCUCUUGUUUCUGGGUAGCAGUGCUGGACGGAUGCGUUGUGGGCAUCGUGGCGGCACAAGGCCGUGAGGAUGACAACGCGGUGGAGCUGCGACGCAUGUCCGUGGAUUCUCGCUACCGCGGCAAAGGCAUCGCCAAGGCCCUGGGUAGACGUGUUCUGGAGUUUGCGGUGCGCAACAACUACGGCUCCGUGGUACUGGGCACCACAGCCGUUAAGAUGGCCGCCCAUAAGCUGUACGAGUCACUCGGCUUCCGCCGAACAGGCCAGAGCGAUGACUACAGGCUUCCUGGUAUGAGCCGCUCGGCACUGGAGAGGCUCUUCUUCCAGAUCCGAUACAGCCGGUACCGCUUGCAGCUCCGUGAGGAGUGAGAGGUGAAAGGGAGAGAUGGAGGAAGAAAGGGACAGAGAGAGGGAGCGACGACCCCCUCCCAUCCUACAUCUGAGAGCCCCUCCUCUCUUCUGACAGCUUUUAUUUAUUUCUCUUAGGCAUAAUUACAUACGUUUUCAAUUUUACAGUCACUAACAUCGACAAUACUUAUGUUGUCUUUAUAGUAUUGUUUGACAUUCCUUUUUGUUUUCCUCCAUUUUCAUUAUUAUCAAUCUGUUUUGGCAUCCUUACUACCUUUUCCUUACUUCCAUCCGAGAAAAAUCAGCAUUAGUUGUGGACAUCACAUGAUCAAUACCCUCAUUCUUCACUAUUCCCGAGUGAAUCCCCCCCACACGCACAACACGCCCUUCCCUGAUUGGUCCGCUGCAAGAUGCAUCAGGCAGGUUUAGACUCAGCUAAGAGAGGAAAAGGGGUGAGGGGUGGGGGGACGUGGCCUCCCUGAAUAUGUAUGGUGUGUGUACUUGGUCCACACAUAUCACAUCAUUUGGCUUUCGACGCCGUAUUAAAGCACAGCAAAGAGUGUGACCACCAUGGUGAGGAAGACAGAUAGAAGGAUGAGCACAGUGGGUGCAUCUUUCAUCUCUCUCACCAUUUUGGUUCUGGUCUCUUGAGCUGCCCUAAUACACAAUUCAACAUUUAUUCAAAUAAUAUAAUAAUAACAAUAGUAUUACUGGACAGCAUUAUUUACAGUACUUACAAACACUUUAACUAUAUGUUGCAAUAUGCAAUUAUCUGCCAGAUAAAGCAACAGAGGUUUUUAAACCACACUGAUAUGGGAUAGUAGAGACAUGACAACGAGCAAUAUUUAUACAAAUUCAGCACAAUAAAGCCAGCAGUGUUCAUUAUAUAACCUAAAAUGAGUCAACUAUCAAAUGCAUACAAAUAUAAAAACGACAUCUCCCUUUCUCCCGUUCACAAAACUGUCUGCAACCCUGGGCCGAGACCCUACACCCCCAUAACCACUAACCUUUGACCUUGACCCCACCCAUUUCCCACCAUCUCUGCAUGAGAUACAACGCCUUGCUGCACUGCUUUUAUUAUGAAAGCUUACUGGGGCCCCUAGAACUUUACUCAAACCCUCAGAUGCUAUCUGGGCAGUUUGAUGUUCUGCUGCCUCCAGGUCGGACUUUUGACUGGAUGUAUGAGUGUGUGAGUGUGUGCACACUCACCAAAAGCAACGCUGCCUGGAUGACAUCUUGCCCGCCUGCCAAGCAACUGCGGAAUGCAAAAAGCAAUGCAAUGUGGCAUGCCUAAGUACCCAGUGUGUGCAGCGCCUACCCUGUGGCGGGGAGAAAAUCAAUUAAUAUAUAUUUAUAUAUGCUAUAUAUAAAUAUAUAUGUACGGUAUGUGAAGAAAAAGUAUUGUUACUUUUUUUAGAUUUUCAAUAAUAACAACGUGAAACAUUUGCAUGAAAAAUGUUUUCAAAACAUGGUAAAGGGUGCCAAAUGGUCUAUACACAGCCAGAGCUUGUAAAUCUUUCAAGAGGCUACCAAUUACUAGAGAGUAAUCGUAGCAGUCGGCUAAUGGUGAAAGGUUUACUGCAGGAUCGUGACAUUCUGUUGCCGGUAGCCAUUUUGUGACUAUCAUGCUGAAACAGUGUUUCUAAAUGAGGCGAAGUGGGGUGGGUUGCAUGGACACUCGCAUGUUUAGACUUACACAAGCCACAGCACCUAACGCCCCAAAAUGAACCUCCAGCUAUAUGUCAAAAUAUAUACUAAAUACAAACACAUAUACUCGCUACGGGCUCUGACUUUUGUGAGUGAGCAUCCUUUCUUUAAAACUCCAUAAUGUUGUACAAAGCAAAAUGCACGAGGAGCAUCAACAAACAUGACAGAGACGUUGGGAUUCAGCUUUGUCAAGGGAAAAGCAUCCAAUUUUGAAAUGUGCCUGAGGCUUUCCAGAUUAGAAUGUCAUACCAAAAUUGUACAGAGUACACUUUAUCUCACGUAACACUGAGCAUCAUUACACAGUAUGAAUGUCUAGAACAAGAGGCAGCCUUCGCAGAGGUAGAUUGUAAAGACGACGGUGAGCCAUUUGCGCUAUUGCCUAUCUCAGUUCUUGCAUGAUUACAUUUACAAAUGAGAGUACAUUAAUUCUGAACACAUAAUUUAGAAUUCUUUAUGCACUGAAAUCAAACACAGGGGUUCAAAUAACACGCAAACUGGACAGCCUCAAGUAGCUUAAGGGUGAUUUUUCAACUGUAAAGUGCACUACAAUUUUUGUCUAUGUCUAUUCACUACUCGACAGGAAUGCCAUGUCAAGACCUACGCCCCUGGGAGCCGGUUCGUAGUAAUGUGUAGAAAAGGUUCUGUUGAUAUACAAUCUCACUUCUGUCAUGAGGUUUGCUUGAGUGCGCGGGUGCUUUCCAAUUGCUUUGAAAGGUGGGCUGCAUCGAGAGCCCUCCCCUGAUGGAGAAGCAUCAUUUACGUGCUCUACAAUCCACUAUACUGCACAAACUGCUUUGUUUAAAAUGAGGAAAUCCUCAACAGUGACCAAAACCACUUUAAGAAAGAAAUUAUUACAAGGUCAGUAUGUUAACAUAAAAGUGCACAAAUGUACAGAUGCUGCAGGUUGUGAAAGGCAAUGUCCCCUAAAAAGCAUGAAUUUACUUUAAGGGGGCACAGAGUAAAAGUAAGUUAAGUAGUUAUUAACAUACAACAUUAGAUGUUAGAGAUCAUGUAUGAUUGUAAAUAUGCGCUAUUAAUGCGCUGGUAAUUUGCGUCAGUGGUGUCUUAAGAAGAAGGCUGCCAUGUGGAAAUGUUCCAACGUCUAAAGAUGGCGAGGAUCCCGGGGAGGAAUGUGGCACAUUAGCGGUUGGGGGUGGGAGGUGGGGGCUGGAUAUGCUGCAACAAGGAUGACAUGGACUCCUCUCUCUCUCUCUCUCUCUCUCCCUCCACCUCUGGUGAGGAUGCUGCUUCACUGCGGCUCAUACAAAAACGGACUCACUCUGGACUGAGGCCACAGGUGCCAAGAACACUUCAGCACUUGUAGCACAACUGUGUCUUGACUUAAAACACAGGUCCUUUUGAUUUGGCCUUUUGUUUGCUGUGAGGAAUAUGGAUACCGUUUCUGUCAUCAGCACCCAUGCAGGACACAGUCAUUGCACCAUCUUUAAUUCAUACUGACCAACAGCUAUUUUUAGGGGGUGGAAAUCCAAUGCUAAAUGUGACAGUAACUUUAUUAUUCUUUGUGUUGCCAUUUUGUGUUCAAAACGGUUGUAUUUUCUAUUAUUUUUGAGGAAAGAAUUGUGUCCACGUGCCAUUCAGUCAAGCAAUAAAUAUGACGAAGUAGGCAAACUACAAACGACUGACAGAUUCGAUCAUAAAUGUGAAAUGCUGCAAUGAUGUUAUAUCUCAUAUAUAUUACCACUCACGAUUGAGUCUUAAGGGGUGUUUGGAUUGAAUUCUCUUUUGUAUUUUCCUUUUUUUACUUUUCUGUUGGAGUAUACACAAAUGUACCUCUGCAUAUUUGUACAGAUGUCAAAAAGAAAAGGUGGAUUUGUUGAUGAUGGUUGUCCAAGCAGACAGGGAAAAGAUUGUGUCACUGCACCCCGAAAGUGUAAAGUCAUGUUACGAAGGUUUUUGUUGAACCACUACUAUUCGGGGGAGAAAUCAACCAAAAAAAUUCAACUCUUAACUUUGUUGACUUUUCUUACGAGUAAGAUUCAAAGUCGUGUUUUGAAUCUGUAAGUUAGUAACUGUAAAGUUGUACAUUGUUUUGUAAAUAGCGUCCGAGGGCUGGUUUUUACCCACUUUAUAACAGAAGCUGUAAAUGUAAAAUAAAAUUAUAUUUUAAAUUUAUCUAGGGCACUAAUUAUCCAGUAAUGCAGGUGUCUUCAUCUGUUUUACCUCAAAUUGAUCCCAUAGUAAUGACUUCCGGCCACUUUCAGGGGCCGAGCUGCACACCAUCUUGACCCAGGGCUCCACGCCCUCCCCCUUCCUUGUCUGCUUGAACUCUGGAGAUGUCAAAGUGAGCUUAGCACAGUCAAAAAGCAACACUGCUCGCUUCCUUCCCACACCAGCCAUGAAAGUCAAACUAGCGAGAUGCUGCGAUGCCAUGAGGCUCUCUCUGUCCUGUCAUGACUGCUGUCUUGUUGCCAGGAAACACAGCACAGCACGGCGGGGAACUGAUCUGCAGCCACACUGUUAGGAGGCGGCCAGGUCAAAUACAUGGCCAUGACGGGGGAAUGGACAGAGGAACUAGCUGAUGGGUGGAAGGCUAGACUUUUAAAUUGCAACUGAGGGAACUUUGUAAUUGGGGCAUAGGCGAGAUGUAGGGGGAGGUGGCGCACUUAUGGAAUGGUGUGGAAUUUGAGGAAAAAAGAGGCCCAUUGCGACUGAAAGUAGGAAGUUAGUUGCACUUGAGGUCCCACUGACUAAUAGGGUUUGUGCAAAAGGGAUGAGAGCCCAAAAUACAAAGCACAGUUCAUAUAAAAAGAUGGGAUGGGAGUGGUGAGGGGGUCAAGUAACAUGUCAGGGAAUUUGUUGCUGGUUAAGCCACUCUGCUUUAACCUCAGUGGCUGCAUUGAAUCAGUUCCCUUAAUGCCGUACCAUCACACUGGGAAUGACACUAUGGGAUUAUGAGCCCUUCUUUUUUUUACAAUGACAACUGAACACUGUAUAGAUUUAAAGAUGGAAUUCCCUGCAUUAUGAUGAACGUGGAUGUAUAUAUAAUGUAUCAAUAAAAAAUGACCAUGCAUUGAGCUUUUA